AUUAUUUACAUAUAAAUGGAAUACUCAUUAUUUCCAAGUCCCUGUGGCACAUGGACCUAAAAGAUGAUAAUACUUGUAGAGGGAGAAAAAACUAAAAAGAAACUUUUUAGGGAACUGCACUACUUCAUGCACAAGCAACGGUGUCUAUGUAUUAAAUGCAUGCCUAAUCUGCACCUUAAUGAGCAAAAGAUAUGUCUGCUGGUCUGCCAAUAACUGGAUGGCCUGCACAUGAUUCAGCCAUAAGCUCCCUUCUUUUUGGGCCUGAUGAGACUAGUAUUUUUAGCUUGGGAACAGAUGGCAAGAUAUUUGAGUGGAGCUUGCAAAACCAAGGACAAGUUCUUUGGUCAAGGGAUUGUAGCAGGUUCUGUGAUCCUGAAACCGCGAUGCAUUGUCGACAUGAAAUGGCUUUGGAUGCUAAUGGGAAAAGACUCCUGACAACAUCUGGUUUAGUACGAGCACCUAUAUAUCAGGUUCGAGGUCAUACUAAUGGAUUGAAAACCCUUCCACACACUGAUGUUGUAACAACUGUCGACUGGCAUCCUACCUUGCCCAUUUUCUUGACUGGAUCAGCUGAUAACUCGGUCCGAGUAACUUCUAUGCUAUAAGGAUUAAAGACACUCUUCUGGGUAAUUUUCUUAACCUUGUUUUGCAGUGAGUCUGAUGUUGUCGGAGUGAAUUUGGUCUUGUGUUCGGCUUGAAUAAUAUUUUACAGCAUCAUGCAAUCUUCGGUUUGUAUCUUAAGGCAGAUAUUCUUGUAUUGUAUUGAAUAUUGUAUAUUAUACAAAAUUAUCAUCUGUUCUAUAGGGAUUAUAGAAAGAGGAAAAAAUAUGUAAUGCGAAGAAAAUUCUUGUUAGUUUUAAACUAAUAUAAAUGUAUGACAUGUAAUUCAACGCC